CAAAGAACACGCUCCGCCUCCUUUUCACUAAUUCUUCUCUUCUUUUUUCUUUUUCUUUUUCUUUUUUAUUUAAUUCCUAUGUAGAAGAUUCUUCUGCAGAUAUCCCGAUUUGCGGGGGUAAGUGACUGUUCCUGCCCUUCUCAUCCGGCAGAGUUCGUCGGAGACACCUCUCUCAGCUGCUCGCGCCGGGAACAGGAGGAGGACCACGCCGCCUGCUGCCGAGGUGUCCGGGAGUUGAUCCGAGCGAGCACCCUGUCCGGGAGGAGUUCGUAAGUUCUCUUGGCUCAGAGAAUCCUGCUGCCUCUUUGGGAGAAUGGCUGAUAUCCAGUUAGGAUGCCACACUAUAAGGUCCCAUGGCACGAGAGUGGCAAGACUACAUAUGUAUGACUGGAUUAUACUUAUCUGUCUUGCUGUCCUUGAUGGACUGUUAAACAUAAUUGAGCCCUUUCACCGCUUUGUUGGACGUGACAUGAUGACUGACUUGAGUUAUCCUCUAAAGGGCAACACAAUUCCAUUUUGGGCUGUUCCACUGAUUGCAAUUGUGCUACCCUGGGUCGUCUUUGGUGGAAUUUACUUCAAAAAGAAAAAUGUCUAUGAUCUACACCAUGGCAUACUGGGGAUUUUAUAUUCCGUGCUUAUAACUGCUGUGAUUACGGAUGCAAUUAAGGAUGGUGUUGGUCGCCCUCGCCCAGAUUUCUUUUGGCGUUGUUUCCCUGAUGGCAAACCUAAUUUUGAUAAUGUCACCACUGACGUCAUAUGCCAUGGAGAGAAGAGUGUCAUCAAGGAAGGUCACAAGAGCUUCCCAAGUGGGCAUUCAUCAUGGUCUUUUGCUGGUCUAGGAUUUCUGGCGUGGUACUUAGCUGGCAAACUUAAAGCUUUUGAUCGCAAAGGUCAUAUUGCAAAACUGUGCUUAGUAUUCCUGCCUCUACUUGUUGCAUCACUUGUGGCAGUUUCUCGAGUUGAUGAUUACUGGCAUCAUUGGCAAGAUGUAUUUGCAGGCGGCAUGAUAGGUCUUACAGUUGCUUCAUUUUGUUACCUGCAGUUUUUCCCGUAUCCCUUUGAUAAUGAUGCUAUCUGGCCACAUGCAUACUUUCAACAGCUAGCUGAGACGCACAGCAACGGUAAUGCAAAUUCAUUCAACACGAGACCAACAGAGUUUGAAGCUGAACAAGAAGGCCAUGGUGGCAUUGCCCUGAGAGACAGCAGCCCUAUCCUGGACUCAAUGGAGUCUGGCAGGAGGUCAUGAUUCCAUGAAGCAUGCCACUGCAAGUAUCUCCAAGAUGCUAAUUCUUCCGUCUUUCUGAGUGAACCAUGGAAGCAUGACAAGUUGCACGAUUGCAUCAUUACAAUAUAGCUGUUGCAGUUGGCUGUAAAUGACAGAGUGAAUGCUUAUGUUUUUAGUGACAUUUUGAAUAGUUGGUUUUAGACUGCUCUGGUGUACGAACAUGUUUCUUCCAGUAUGUCAUUAUUUUUUAAGGAUCCACAAAACUAGAUUUGUCGUUUCUGUACACAUCUAUAAGUAAUAGAUUUGAUCUGUUGAACCAUGAA